UGGAGGGUGGGGUGGGGAGGGGGGAGUCGCCUCUCCCUUCGCCCCUCCUUCCCUCCCGCCAUCCCCGCUUUCUGGCUUUGAUUGUGGGCUGCUGUAACAGCUCAGGUUGGCUGCGGAGCGAGCGGAUGGACGGCGGCGGCGGCGGCGGAGGCCUGGCGCAGGCCCAGGCCUAGGGCUGAGUAAAAGCUGCUUAGCCGUGCCGGGGUUGCCAUGGUGACGGGCAGGAGGCAGCGGCGGCCGCAGCAGCAGCAGCAGCAGCAGCGAGGAGGCUGUCAGUGAGCGAGCGAGCGAGGGGAAAGGAACCAGGCAUCGGCGGGGAGCUGCAGGAGGGGAAGGCAGCCGCCGCCGCCGCCAUGGACGUGCACGGCGACUGUGCCGAGCUCAGCGCGGUGGGCGAUCAGCCGCCGCCAUCGGGCAAGCUCAACAAAACCGCCUUCAAAUUGUUCAAGCGCAGGAAGUCCGGUGGCGCCAUGCCCAGCAUCUUCGGCGUGAGGAGCGGCGGCAAAGGCAAAGGCGGGGAAGCGGGCGGAGGGCAGCCGGGCAUGGUGAGGAGCAAGACCCACGACGGGCUGGCCGAGGUGGUGCUCGAAGGCGGCAAGAAGGAGGAACCGGGAGGAGGCGGCGGCGGAGGGGACGACCAGUUUGGCGGCGGCGGCGGAGCCCCUAAGGAUUAUUCCCCCUGCUCGGCGGCGAGCAAGUCCCACCGCUUCUUCUCUCUGCUGCGCAAAAACGGCCGCUCGGGCGAAGGCGGCAAAGGGGAGAGACCCAAAGGGCGCGGGGGGCUGAAGGGGCUCUUCAACAGCAUGAGGUGGCACCGCAGGGACAAGCCCAGCAAGGAGGACGAGGCCGGAGACGGCGCCGAGGGACAGGCCAGCCACCUCAGGCCCGGCUCCCUCACGGCCAGCCUGGAGUGCAUCAAAGAGGAGGCGCCACGACCCCCGGCGGCGGCGGCGACUGCUGCAGCAGCCCCCCAGACCCCCUCUGGGGUGGCCAGUGGGGACCAGGUGCUGCUGCUGGCCCACCCCAGCGCUGAGUCCGUGCCCACCCAAGAGCAGCAGGACGUCGGUGCCAGGGAGCCCACCCCACGUACCUCACCACCACUGGGAGCCGAGCCCCCUGGGAUCCAGCCCCCGGCGCAGGAACGCUGCCCCGAGCCGCCCCCCGGAGAUGGCGAUGGCCCAGGGACCCAGGAGGACGGCGCCAUAACAGGCUGUGGGGACAUUAUUGCCGACCAGGAGGAGGACGUGGGCAGCGGCGGUGGCGCAGGUGGAAGCGACAAGAGCGCCCCUGGGGUUGGCAAAGCGGGGGCUUCCAAAAAGCCCCCCAGCGUGGUGACCUAUCAAGGAGGAGGAGAAGAGAUGGCCAGCCCUGAACAGGUGGGGGACACGUGCGCCCCAGAGUUCUGGGAUGUGUUGUCGCAAGCGGAGAAGCCGCAGGAGACCCCAGGGGGAGGGAAAGAAUCCCUCGAGGGCUCCAAAGGUGGCGGUUGUACCAAAAAGGUUCAGGAUGCAUCGACAACUGGGAAGCACAUUGGUUCCAACCAGAUUCCGGUUCACCACAGCCACAAGAAUGACCAGAAGUGUAGGGAAAAGGAGCCACAGGAAGCCAUCCCCAGCAGCGAUGAAGGUUAUUGGGAUUCCACAACACCUGGGCCAGAGGAGGACAAUGCCAACAGUAUCCAGAAAGAGGUAAUUCCCAGGGACAGCUACAGUGGGGAUGCUCUCUAUGAUCUGUAUGCUGAUCCAGAUGAAAACACAGCCACAGUUACUUCUGCAGAAGACGUCACCUCUGUGUCUUGUUGCAAGCCACUGUCUCCAGUAACAACAACAUGCCCAGUCAAAACCCAUACAACUUCACUCAAGGACUCCAAGAUACCCAUCAGUAUCAAGCAUUUUACGUCGCCACAUGGCAGUCAUGGUCCAGAUACCAGUAAUAGCCAUCAUCUUGCACACCACCAGCCUACCAAAAGUGAGAUCCCUAGAACAAAAAUCCCAGUUUCUAAAGUGCUUGUACACCGGGCAAGUUACCGGAGCCUAGCAGGGACAACAGGUAAAACAGCCACAUAUCAUGAAAGUGCCAAAAAAUAGAAGGAGAUAAAUAUGGGUGUGUCAGUCUUGCAGAAACCUGCUAAUAAGCAGUUUGGCAUCAUCUAAAGGAAGACACCUACAUGUGCCCUUUCUGUGAACAAAAGGGAUGUGUGCUUCUAAAGUCCAUCUUGAUAUAUAGUAUAUAUAUAUAAAUAUAAAGUUAGAUUCUUUUUGAGCACUUUUUUAACAUUUGUAUCUGUUUUUCUGAAGCACUAAACCACUCGGGAAGCCACUUUUCCAUGUCUUUUGUGGAAGCAGGACUUUGAUUAGGUAUAUAAAAUAUAAUAAUGCAAACUUGUGCCAUGAAUUCUUCAAAGAAGACACAAAUUGGGAAAGAGAGGACCAAAAGAAGUUUUCCAGUAUAUAUAAUUUUACAUUUGUUUGUUUUAAAUGUUUUUAGCCUAUACUGAGAAAUGUUUGCUCUAACUGGGAAAAUGUCAAGCAGAGUAAUAGCAACAACCAUAAAAUCCCAGGUAUUUAACCUGAGAUAGAAAGAGCACUGUCAACCAGCAGCAGAUUCAACUCACUUGUGAAAGGUAGAUUAGCAAGUUAGAUGGAUUUCUAUAAGAUAUAUUUUUGUUUGUCUGUCUGUUUGCUUUGGAUCUGUCCUAGUGUAAGUGGAUAAUGAAGACAUCUAGUGAACUCUCAGUUGUUUACACCAAUAUUUUUCCAAUGCACAAAAUAAUCAGGUUCAAGGGAAUAACUUUCCUAAAUGCCAAUAUAGAGACAACUACAACAUUUAUACAAUAAAUGGUUCUUCAUAUAUAGAUAGAUGCAUAUGAUACUCUUAGUGCUACAGCUUUUUUAAAUUAAAAUGUCUUUCUGUAUUUACUAGAGUUGAAACAAAAUUAGUUUUUAUAGCUUGAUAAUUUUACAGUUCUAAAUGUAUGGACCUUCUUAAAAGUACAGUAACCAGAGCAAAAUUUUAUAUUGGCUCUAACAUCCAAGGAUAGGCAAGUCUAUUGUGUUAAUCUUACAAGAGCAUGCAUAAUACUGGAACCAAGGAUCUAAUGGUGUUUUCGCUGCAAACCCCUUAUUUUCAGGACUUUCUAAAAAAUAGAAUUUCAGUUUAGUACUUGCAGAGCUAAAGCCUGAGGCUGCAAACCAAUUUUUAAAAUGUUUGUUUUCAAAUGUUAAUAAAAUUAGCUUUUGGUAUUUGCUGUGUGAAAGUUUGUAUUUCACACACAUACCAACUUUUAGACUUUAAGAUUAUUUUCCUUUAAGAAAGAGAAGAAAAUUGGCGAAUUGUUAGUCCAUUAAAUAGUUUUAUCACCGUGGACAAAACAGACAUGUCUGUUGCCACUGAAUAUAAGCAGUGCUGCUGAAAAGUGGCUGCUGUAUUGACAUCUUUUCAGUGAAGCAGCAUCACAUGAUGUGCCUAAAGAUUUAUUUUCAAGAUAGAAACAACCCCAUUGUGGUCUAAUAUGACAGGGCUUAAACAAAAGUAAAUUAAUAAAGCAGAACACCACUAGGCAAAGAGCUUGUUUCAGAGGUCCUAUUUAUUUUUUAAGAAAGUAAAACUUACUUUAAAAAACGAUAUAUAUUUUGUGAUGUAGAAAAUUCUAAAUUUCCUUCCGUAAAUCAAUUAUAAGAGUUCGUUUAACCUCUCCUUUUUAAGUUCCCAUAAGUAAAUAUUGGUUUACAUAAGAUACAUUUGAAUAAGAGCAUUAAGGUUAAUGAAUAAAAGCUAGAACAUAUAAUGGUUGUAUUCUUGCCCACAGCUAGGCUGCUUAUAUCACAUUGAUUUUCAAUUGCAUUAAUGUGGCCUAUAUCAGAACUGCCAAAAAAAAAUCAAGAACCGGAAUGUUUAUUUACAAAGGUCAAACUCCCAAGGAUGAUUUUAGGCAUGUGCAAGGGCUUGAGUAAGCCAUGUGGGAUUUCUCUCUUCUUUUUACUUUGAUCAGCUGAUCACCAUAUGUUGUCACAAACUGCUUUUUAAAGUAUAUUCAGUUUCAUAAGUCAUUUGCCACGUCACAUGGAGGGUUGGGAUGAGCAAGUGGACAAGAAACAUAAUUCCCAACUCCCCAUCCCUUUGGGCAUGUGACGCUGUGGUCCCAGUGGUCAACAAUGAAGCAAAGUUUUGUGAUCCUAAGGGGACUUCAGACAUAUGUUCCUAAACAGCAACCCACAUGCCACAUAGUAAACUGCUUUUGAGGGGGAGAGCAAGAGCUUGUUAAAGCAGUUUGUAAUAUGGCAUGGGGAUCAGCAGUUCAUCAUUAGGCUACAGCAAAGCCUUUCCAUGAAUUUAAACAGACCAUUGGAUCCCAGUCAAUAAUGUCUAUUGCUUGCAACCAUGCAGAUACAGGCUAUGGGCCACAGAAAUCCCAGAUAAUAGUGGGGAAACUGCUUUUGCAAAUUACAUGUAACAAGGUUGGGGUGGGCCGUGUCUUCCAUUAUCCUAGAGGAGGGAGGCAAUGGUCAUAACCUAGCCUUUCACCCCUUAUUUACUUGGUUGCUGUGUGCUAGACCCUGAAAGCUGAGUUCUAAGCAUGCAUAAUUGGCAUUAAUUGGCAAUAAGUAGUUCAGUGGUAAUCAAUGGGUCUCCCAAGUUUUUUAAAAAAACAUGUUUAGAAGCAGAGUGCUAAUGAACCCAGGUGGGUUUAUUUUGUAUACCUUCUCAGAAUGUAUUUGUGAGUGGUUGCCGGUGUGCAGCCGUUUACAAAUUCAUAUUGUACAUAUGCAUGUAUAUUCCUAUGGAUACACAUACAAUACAUGCACACAUUUCUGUAAUAUGCUGAAGGGCACAUAAUGUUCCAUGCACAGACAAACAGACCAAUGGUACAAGUAGCAAAUGUUGCCAAAUCGUUUUGACAGUUAUUUAACUUUGCCUGAGAAUGGGAUUCACAUUUGACCUGAUUCUGCUUGAGUGCUUGUGUGUUUUUUGUAGAUUUGGGAUGGAGAAUGAUUGACUUACCCUUGUGCGUGUAGUCCCUCCCAUUGAAGGCCCUGAGACUACAUCAAAUUACACAGACUGUCCCUUUGUGGCUGUAAUACUCUGGAAGGAAAGAAUCCAGGGACACAAAAUUUUAUUCCAAGCUGGAUAAUAAACAGCUAUUCAUUGUUUUACAUCAGUGAAGAUCAUGCUGUUUCUGCAUGCUUUUUAUGCAAAACUAUUAUAGCAUUUUGUUUAAAAGGGCAGUUGUGUAGAGAAGUGCUGCAGGGUGCUGAAAGUUGAGCUGGAAAGAGGAUGUUGUAAUAUGCCGGAAGAGUUAGCUGCAGGUCAGAACAGUGGUGUAUCUUUUAAAAUCCAAUGAAACAACGUUGCCAUUUGGGAGUCCUUAUCUCUCUUGCAAUUUUUCACCAUAUGCAUUUUGCUGAUCUGUAGCCUGUUAUGUAUGAAGAAACAAUAGAGUUAACCAUAGAUAAAAUUCCCCUUCCAUUUAUGACUAAGAUGUGCCAUUAAAAUUGCGUUGUCUUUCAUUUUCUUGCUUUUUCAUUUUACAUCCAGUUGUUGCUUUUCUUUCAAAGGCUAGCAAGCACAGAAGGCAUCACACAUACAACCAUUUUUGUCACAGUAAAAUGGGAGCAGUGUAAAUCACUCUCAGUAUCUUCCAGGGAUAUUAGCAACACUUUUAACAAUGAUUGUGCAUGACAGAGCAGUUUCCAUUACCAACAGUGCUCACACAAUUUUGCUGGUAAGGGAGUAGCACCAAGUACACAUCUGACUAGCAAUAAUAUCUUUUUUGUUAACACUCCAGUGAUGUAUGAAUGAUCACAGUUUUGUAAUGUCAGUUUGGAGUGAAAACUACCUUGUUUACUAUGCUGGAAGUCUAUUCACUACAAUCAACAAGAGUGUUGUUCUCCUAAAACACACGACUGUUUAGGUGAACUGUGGAGGGGAUCAGAAAGAUAAUAACAUUGUUUGCCCAGUUUGUAGUUACCAGUUGGUAGGACCCAUUUUGGUAGCUGUUCAUUUGUCUGCUAGUAGUAUUUAUAAGUUGAUGACAAUCAUCCUGAAAAGGAGGAGGAGGAGAAGAGUGUUUGUUUGUUUUAUCAUAGUAAGGGGAUUGGCUGAUUUAUGAAUCAGGGCAAGGCUCUGUGGACAUAGGGAUGAGUCCACAAUCUGAAGAUGUGGUAUAGUCUGCAUGAAUGUAGUGUCCGUAGGGCAAGUCUUGCAGACACUGCAUUCAUAGGGUGUUUGUGUGAUUGCAUACAGGUCAUGUGAGAAUGAUCUUUAUACAUGUCUGUCUCAGAACUGCAAACUCAUCAAACCAUUGUCAGUGUUUCAACUCCAAGGCACUUUCAGUAGCCAGGAAUAUGUGGAACUCAAUUCUUACAUGAUGCUUUGACCUGAAGAGAAGCAACGUAAGGUGCUUCCCACACUUCCAAAACAUAGCCUGUGGAAGCACCACAAUUGCACCAACGACAUGUGAGUUAACUGUAUCAGUGCUGACUUGGUGUGUGAUGCUUCCUUAUUUAACCAGCUCCAAGCCUUUCAUUUUGUGCCUGCAUUUUGCCCUGCCCUCAUCAGCAGUGAUACACUCAACCCACAUGCUGCCAUGAACCAGGGUCUUAAGAACUGACCCUUAAUUAUUCACAAAGCACCAUUUUGUGCAGUGCAAUCUGGUGUGUGGUGGCUCUGAAGGAAGUCCUGUUCAGUGGUCUUGCUUACAGGCGGAUGUGCAUCGAAUUAUAGACUUGAGUGGCUAAUGAUUUUGAAAUCAUUAAUUCCACAGCUUACAAAUUGCCACUAAUUUUCACCAUGAUGAUUUUAUUUUUAAUAAGAAGAUUAUAUUUGUACACUAGAAAAUAAACAGUGCCUAAGACAAUGCACUGAAGAGGAUGUUCAACAAACAUGUGUUAGGUGUAUUUCAUUCCCUUCUGUGAUCUGUAGAGCACUCUGGUGAUUGAGAAAAAUAGUGGAGUGCUGGAAUUAAGGGAAUGAACCAUGUGCAAGUGGCCAUGCUAGAGGCAUUCUGUAGAGGUGUGCAUUUUAAUAACAGAAAUUCAUGUAUUUCUACAGCCUUGAUAGGCAGAAAUGAUCUUCCAGAUCCCAAAGAUGCUGUAUUCUUUAAUAAUGAUGCCAUUAUUAUUUUUAUUCUUCAAAGAAGGCUUUAUUUGUUUAGAUUUCUGCUUGGGAUGAUGCUUGUACAGUUGUUUCCCUGUACAUAACAUGAAAAGAGUAUGCUACAUCAGGUAUUUGGUAUUUUUUACUCUUUGCACUUAUACCUUUGCACCUGGUACCUUUUACAUGUUCUUAGAAUAUGUUAUGUUAUUAUGUAUACUUCCAGUAUUUUCUGUGGCAUAUGUUUUUUAAACAGGAGCUUUCUUUUAAUGGCAUGGAUUGCUCUGUGUGAUCUUAUUUUGCUCCCAUAGAUUGUAAAGAGGUGCCAGAGGUGUGGUCUGCAUCUGAGACAAAGACUUGGUUCUCAUCUCAGUGCACAUGCAUUGCUUCAUUGGCAGGAGUCCACAAUGCACUUAUUCUGGAGCAAUUCAAUUGAUUUGAGUAGCCUGGGAUAAAUGGUAUGUGGAUUCCAGCCAUUAGCAGUCAUAGGAAUAAAGCACAUGCAGUAGAUUUAAGACAGGCCCUGUCUUGACAAAGCAAACACAUGCUUACUGUUACUGAAGAAUUGAAUUGGUUGCCCGUUAAACCUCCUAGGUUAGCAAUGAACAGAAUUGGUUGGCUUCAGUUCAUAUGCUUCUCCUAUGAAAAUUCCUUCCUUGGUUAAUUUUUAAUGGCCUCUACUGAAUUAUUUAUCUAGACUAAAAUGAUAUUGCACCAAAGUCUUCAAAAUGUCUGAUUCUGAGGCCAGUCCGUCCCCCCUCCCCCCACAGCAUAGUGCUUCACUAUCCCAGAGAAAUCAAAUUGCCAUGCUUUGCUUAGUGAAGCAAAACUGUUACUUGGUCUGCAAAUUUAUGGGACUGCCCAAGCUUAAAGGAAGCUGUUGAUUUGGCUCCUCAGCUUUUCAUCCUACUAAAUGGCAUGUUUUCAAAAAAGCACUCAUUUUUUGUUUCAGUAAAGCUGUGGAUGAGGCAGUUUGAUUGUGCCAUAAAUUUAGAUGCUAGACAUUUAUUUAACAGUAAAAAUGUGUGUGUAUGCACACAUAUGAAUGAAAUGGGGCGGUUAGCACAUGCUGUUGGUAUGAAAUUAUUGUAUUUUUUUCUUUACUCUAGAUGAGGAAAAAUAUACACUGAUCCUAUAAAGACUCCAAGAGAAUUACGUAUUGAGAUAUUUCACAUAGGGCAGAGGAACAGUGUGUUCUGUGCCUAUUUUUAAGGCAGAAAUCACCCAUUUGCUCAUAUAUAACUAUACUGACAUUAUUUAUUACUAUUUUGAGCUGGAUAUGAAAUGGGUGCAUUUUAAAAUAAUCUUGGGGUAGAUAUUGCUCAUGUUAUUGCCCUUGACUGCAAUGGAAGAUGGUACUGUAAUCUGGGAACAAGAGUUGGUGAUGUUGUGAAACCUGCGGUGAAUUAUUGGCAUAUUGCAAUUUUGUACUAAACAACGGAGGAUCCAAAUUAGACAUUGCACAGGAGUUGCAAUUUUGUUACAAAAAAAGAAGAAAGGCCCAGUUUGGACUGGGGACACAGCCUGGGGAAGGCAGAGUGUAACUGUUCCGCCACUGCCUGUCCCCCAGAAACUGCUUGUAGCUGUGGAGGAGGAAACUUACAAGCUUCAUUGCUUAAGCUGGUUAAGUCUUCCCCACCACAAUAACAGCAGCUUUGGGGAAGGGAGAAUUCAAUGUGGGGAUAAAGGGUUAGAUCCCCCCACAGGCCCAAUUCAGAGACCCCAUCAUGGCUGCUUUUCAUAGAAUUGAAAAGACAUUGAGAGCUCCCGUCACAGAUCUUCAACAUGUUGAAACAGAAGUCAGCCUUUCAGAGAAUCUCAUCAAAGAGCUGGUCCAAACAUCAUGUGGCUUGGGUGCACACCUUAUAUGUUUCAAAAACACGUGUAUCAUGUAGGUACUGUCAGGACUGGCUAUGGCUCGUUGUCAAGCGUGAACCUGAGUUAAUCAUUGAAUCAUGUUGAAGCCACCUUAUGUUCCAACUCUGUAAUGAGAGUUGUGAACUAUCCACAGGCAGAACAUUUAGAGGUGUUCUGGCCUAUUUUCAGUGUAGGAGCUGUUAGGGCAAAUCUGGAUUGUAUAGGGCUCCCUUCCUGGUAGACUUAAGUUGUUUCCAAUCCUGUCUAUUCUUCCUUUCUCCCUCCAUUUCUGAUUGACAAGUUUCAUCCUGCACACAGCAUUUUCGUAGAAUCUUCUGGAGGUGAUUGACUUGAUUAGGCAGAGAAGCACUUUUUGUUCAUAACUAAUGUAGCUGAGAAGUGUGAAGGAACAAGGACAGAAUGCUGGGAACACAUGGAGUUCUGGUAUAACAUUUCACUCGCAUGCAUCACUGAACACUAGAAAAACCAUAUGGGAAUCCCUAUAAAACAUGUCAUCCAUUUUCAUCACUGGUGCCUACACUUCUCUUAAUGCCAUUUCCAACAUGACAUCAGUUAUGGGAUUGUGCCAGUCUGCUUUUUACAUCCCUAGCUUGGUAGGGAUAAAUCCCACUGUUUUGAGUGGGAUGGGCAAAGCCUAAACAUAUGCAAGAGCUUGUAACCUUAUUGUCAAAAUCUAGGUACCUCCAUAUGUGUCUGCCUAUGAAAUCCCUCCUAACCUGCUGAGUUUUUCUUCUAUGGUCUGUCAGUGUUACUGGCUAAUAUUGUCUGCUCAUAUAGUGGAACAACUAGUUCUUCACACUUCCAUCAGCACAAACUCCUCUUCUCUCUACACACUGUGAAUUCUUCAUGCAGACCUCGUUUCUCCUCCAAUAUCACAUAGAUUCUGCCUGUAGUUUUCAUCUACACCCAUUCCAGGGCCAGCGGAGCACAUUUAACGUGCCUCCCUCUCACUGCUGCUGUGUAUUUUCAAAUUGCCUGCAGUGUAGACUCCAUGCACAUCCCUCUUGCUCCACAGCCAGCAGAGAUUAGAUCCUGUUUAUCCAUCAUCCAAUUUGUUUGCUGCCAGCAAUGCUUUCUCCAUGCCCAUUCCCUUUCACCCAACCAGAAGUGCAUUUUCCGGGGAGGGUGGGGGGAGGAAUUCCCUCCCUCAUCUUGCCAAAUAUGUGUUCUCUUUCCGCAGCCAGUGCAUACUGCAGGCUAUACAUGCAUUGUCUCUCCCUGUGCAUGUCACACUGUAUCAGCAGUGCAUUUUCGAUGAACAUCCUUGUCAGUGCAUUUUUAUUAGAAGCCCACGUCAUUCCACUACCUCAUUGUUGGAAUCAUGCUCCUUUCUCAAAACAGCCUCAAUUUAUUCAUCUUCAAGGAACAUUGCAUAGCUCAUAAAAGGAAAAAAAAGCAGGAUUUGCUAGACUAUUAUACUGUACUGUUGUUAGAGGAUCAGUUUUGUUUAGGACGGGAUGUCACUCUUCACUGCGAAAAGCAGUGGUGUUUGGUAGAUAGUGCAGCUGGCUUGUGUUUGAUUUAUCUCAAUGGUGUACAAAAGUGUACAAAUUACAGUUGCUGUCAGGGAGUAAGGUGGAAAUAAUUUGUCUCUUAAUAAGAUAAUUGUUCUGACUAAAACGAAUGUAGUCAGAGCUUUGGGGCACAUACUCGGUAUCACUUAAUACAAAAUAGUUAGCAGCUUAAGCUUUUACAUGCAACAUCAAGGUAGUUUAAUAAUCGUAAAUAGGUCCCUCCUCCUUUCACUACCUGUGCACGUGUGGCAUAAAUUUAUAAUCCAGGGACUGGUAGUUAUGCUGGAGCAAUUAAUAUCCAACAACAAAAAAAGCUUUUGGUUUUGAGUAUGCGCCACUGAAGUUGAAAUACAGGAACUUUCUGUCUUUUAAUAUGGCACCAGAGAAAAUAGGUUUCCAAGGCAAAUGAUAAAACAAUCUCUAAAUACACACCUCCACUUAUAUUUAAAGAUUUGUUUCACUGUUAUACAGAAUUCCACACGGUUUUGUAUAUUGUUGUGGUAAUCUUUCUUUCUGAUCUAAAUGCAAAUCGUGUCUUUCCGUUUUUGUUGUUGUUCCAUUUUAGCAAGCAACCACUCCAGGACUUGACCCUGGUGUUCAGCAUGUUCAAUUUGAAGCUAACACAAUCACUGCCAUUUUUAAUUUAGCUUGUGAUAGGCAGAAACGGGAUCCAAUCCUUUCAAAUAAGUCAAUCCUUCGUGCUGUCUAUUGCGUUACUCUGCCUGCCCUGAUUUUGUGAUUUGUUAACAAGUAUGUUUUUUUCCUUCCUUUUAAACUUUUAAUUCCAGGUCCACAUAAAAAUAUUAUUUAGCAAAUUGAUGAUGUUGGUUUGAGACUGUAAGGACCACCAUCAUCAAUAUAGUAUUGUUGUUGUUAUUAUUAUUAUUUUGAUCUGUGUUGCAUUAAAGAAAUCACCAUUGAAGUA